UUAUUAGAGAAAUUUUUCACUUAAUUCCAACUCAAAAUAUUUGAUAUUAAUUAUCGUUGAAAUAACGUGCAAUAAACAUAAUUGAUUACGCAGAAAUGGAAAAACGAAAAAAAAAAAGAAAAGAAAACAAACUAUUACUAAUUUACUAUGCAAAAUAAAGAAAUGCUAACCUUUUGCAUUUCAGGUUAGGUUGGUCGAAUUCUUAGAUAAAUGACUAAACUUCAAUAUGAGCAGACUGAUAUAUUUACAUGCGGAAAUUUUGAAGUUUGACGAUAUUUUUGUUUUAAAAUGAAAAGAUUAUAUUCUAGAUUAUAUUGAUCUAGUAUAUUUUCUGCCGAGUUUUUCUAAAAAAAUUUAUUAUGCUUAUUAAGUCGAUUAUUUUCUGUUGUAUAAAAUCAAUCAGCUAAAAGAACGAAAAUUACUUCAGUCACACAUAUUUUUGAUUAGUCAAAAGAUUAUUUAUGACAAAAUAAUUGUUUCACUGUUGUCCCAUUUUAUUCAGGAAAUAAUCGUUAUGUAAACUGUCGAAUAUGAAAACAUCGUGAAACAUUAUUAACAGGAAAGAGAAACGUAGAAGUUUGUUACCUUGUGUUCGAGAUACGAGCAACAAAAUGAAUUGCAAUUCGUUCGAUGUGGAUAAUUUAAUUAAGCAUUUCUUUUGUUGCACGCCAAUAAAUACAAUUUCAGAAAAAAAUAUUAAUUGUCUAGUUAAUCUGGAAAAGCAACAGGAGAUCCUAGACAGAACGGUAAAUAGCGGUUUGAUUAGGAAGUAUCCGAUUAAACAGUCUUAUCAGAGAGCAUUUUUAAAAUGGCUUAUGAAGAAGAUUGAAGACGAAGGUGGUGAAAUCUGUGAUGAUAUUUAUAGAACGUAUUGUAAUUUAAUAUCUUCCACUAUAGAAGAGUCAGUUCACUAUAGACAUUUCUUAAUGGAGAAUAAUUGCAUCAGUAUAAAAGAGAGUACAAAUAUUAUAUCGAAAGGUACAACAGGAUUAUGUAGUUGGCAGGGGUCUAUCGAGUUAAGUAAAUGGUGCUUAGAAAAUAAGCAUGAAUUUUGUGGUAAAGUUGUUUUAGAGCUUGGUUGCGGUGUUGGAUUAACAGGAUUAUCCGUUAUCAAAAUGUGUUCUCCAAGACAAUAUAUAUUCACAGAUUGUCACGAAAUUGUUCUUAAAAUGGUUUCUGAAAAUGUUAUGCUUAAUUUAUUGCAUAAUGAAAAGAAAAUAGAAUCAGAAUUAAAGCAUGAUAUGUUGAAAUUGCAAUUGAAGUACAAUUGUACAGAUGUUAAGGUAAUAGAAUUAAGAUGGGAAGAUAUUGAUAAUUACGUGAACGAAAAAUGGAUUAUACCAGAUAUAAUUAUCGGGGCUGAUAUUUUAUACGACGUCAAUUCAUUUUCUAUAUUGAUAUUAGGAUUAAAAAAAUUUUUAUCGUUCGUUAAUAGAUAUGCAAUUAUUGCAGUAACAGUUCGCAAUGAAAACACUGUUUCACAAUUUCUAUAUCAAUUAGGACAUUAUGAUCUUUCUUUUGAGGAAUAUGAUAUAUUACAGCAAAUGACGCAUAAAAAAUUAACAAAUGCACCUAUUAAAAUAUUAAAAAUUUUUCAGAAAAGAUGUUAAUAGAUACAUCAUUGACAAUAAGAAGUGUUUUAAAAUGAUUUUUUCAGAUUCUAAAGUCAAUUCACUGAAAAUUUGUUAUAUAGGGAAACUUUACUUAAUAUUUGU